UACAGUAGGUGACGAGUCUGAGCGUUAAAACUUUUCUGUCCGUUCCGCUCGCUUCACACAUACGAAGACAAACAACCAGGCUGUUUACUACAGCGUUCUGCUGCUUUCCCUAAAGAUAUCCCAAACAGCUAACAUGCAAACGAUUCAGAGACACUAGUUCACACAGAAAAGAUGGAGGACGUGGCCUCUGCCUCUGUUCUCGCAGGCCCGUCCCAGCCCACGUGUUCCCGCCCGCCGGGCUCCGAGCGCCGGAAACGUAAGUCCGGCACCGCCAACAUCUUCCAGGGUGUGAACCUGCGGCAGCUCCGGCGGCUCUUCCAGGCGGCGGGAGACCCGGACGCUGAGCAGAGGGCGCGGAUGGUGUGGGGGAACCACAGAGCGGCGUCUGGAGAGGACGGGGCGGACCGGGAGGAGGACGAGGACAGAGCCAUGGCGGAGGUGGAGACGGGUCUGGCCCAGGCGCUGGUGGGGCUCAGAGUCCGAGCGCGGAACCGAAGCGGCCUCAGGGUGGAGGCUCAUAAAGACGGCACAGGAACACGAGGGAUGCGUGGUCAUCACAGAAUCAACGAGGGCUCACUGGCACAAACCUCUGAAGUCAUAACUGGAGAUGAAGACCAUAACGUCAAUAAUGAUGAUGAUGCAUCUGCUUUGGGAGACUGUGGAGGGCAGAGCUCUUCUGAGGCUGGAUCGUGUGACCAAGCUGACUUCCUGCCCCCAGAGGAAGAGCCUCAGGGGCCCUCGGGUGGCCCCAGGUGGAGCUGGAAUGCCGUUCAGGAGAAGGACCCGGAGCGAUACCUGCACCGGAUCCGACACUGACGCAGCGGAGCAGAGCAUUGCAUCCAGUCAGAUUCCCGCCUGAGAGACUCGCAGACACCGUAGAUUUACUUGAAGCCACCGCCUCAAUCAAACGCUAGUCUUAAUCGAGCAACAAUCAACACUACAGCAUCUGCAGUGGCCAGGAAUGCACAUUAACAAUAAUCCCACAGGAUUACAGUCCUGCGAAACCUUAACACACUGUUUACGGGUUUGUGCCAUUCUCACAUCCUCAGACCUGAUGGUCUACCUUGCACAACAGUCAAACACUAUUAUAGUGACCGUUCACCUAGUAGUUCUGUCUCAUUUACUCAUCCUCAUGCGUUACAAACCUCAAAACACCUUCAUUCUUGUGCAGAGCAAAAAAAAGAUGAUAAGCUGCUCUUUUCUGACAAAUAUGAGUGAACUGAGGCAUUUGAGCUCCAGAAAAGACAAAAAUCGUCACAAAACAUUUAAAAAUCCAGCUCAUUCUUUGGGCCGAAUCUCAUAAUGCAUAUAAUGAACAUUUCCAGGUCACAUUAUACCCCAAAAUCAAAAGAUUAACAAUGAGAUAAUGUUUCUUUUUCAUAAAGCAAAUGACAACAAAACACAUUGUCAUAAGUUGCAAUGCAAUAUGGAUACAUUAUCUAUAUUGUUAAAGUAAACUAAAAAACAAAACUAACUCCCAUUAAAUGCACUGCAAAAGUAUUAAUGAUACAUUACCAAAAAAGUCAAAUAAUUAUUAUACAUUUUUUGACAUUUGGUAAAAUAUUUAUAAAUAAUGGUGCUGUCUUUAUGCUGAUAAAAUCAUUGUAUUGCAGUAUUUGUUUUACUAUAAUACAGUAAAAAUAUAGUAUUUCAGUAAUGAGAAUCACCUUUGAGCAUGAGAAUUUGAAAAUUAUGAAAAACUAAAAAUAUUGGGUAAAAACAUUUUUCCUUUUGACUUCAGGGUGAAAAGUGACUUAAUUUAGUUGGAUUCACCCAAGUAGAUGUAUUUCAGUGAAUGGAGGCGGUUGUACUGCGAAAAUUUGUUUUUAUAUAUAUAAAAAU